CUCAAGAUGACUUUGUGUCGCUGGCCGAGUUGGAAGACGCCCUAUUGAGGAACCUCUUCCGAGGAUAUCAGAAGUGGGUUCGGCCUGUACAGCAUGCCAAUGACACCAUUACGGUGCGCUUUGGACUUAAGAUCUCACAACUGGUGGAUGUGGAUGAGAAGAACCAAUUGAUGACUACGAAUGUCUGGCUUUGGCAGGAAUGGGUCGAUGUCAAGUUGAAGUGGAAUCCAGAUGAAUACGGAGGUAUUACAUCUACCCGAGUACCUUCAGAGACUAUAUGGCUGCCAGACAUUGUUCUGUAUGAAAACGCGGAUGGUCGUUUUGAGGGUUCCCUGAUGACUAAAGCCAUUGUUCGGUGGGACGGGACGAUAACAUGGACCCCGCCUGCCAGCUACAAAUCCUCUUGCACCAUGGAUGUCACCUUUUUCCCCUUUGACCGCCAAAACUGCUCCAUGAAGUUUGGCUCCUGGACUUAUGAUGGAAACAUGGUUGAUUUGGUUCUGGUGGAUCAUUAUGUUGACCGCAAAGACUUUUUUGACAACGGAGAGUGGGAAAUACUCAAUGCAACAGGAAUGAAGGGAAACAGGAGGGACGGGGUGUACUGGUACCCCUUUAUAACGUAUUCCUUCAUCCUCAAGAGGUUGCCCUUGUUCUACACCCUGUUCCUCAUCAUCCCGUGCCUCGGUCUGUCCUUUCUUACUGUGCUGGUCUUCUAUUUACCAUCAGAUGAAGGAGAGAAACUGUCACUUUCCACAUCCGUUUUGGUGUCCCUUACUGUCUUCCUCCUGGUCAUCGAGGAAAUCAUACCUUCAUCCUCAAAGGUGAUCCCUUUAAUUGGAGAAUACCUGCUAUUUAUUAUGAUCUUUGUCACCUUCUCCAUUAUUGUAACUGUUUUCGUCAUUAACGUCCAUCAUCGCUCCUCUGCAACCUACCACCCUAUGGCCCCAUGGGUGAAGACCCUUUUCCUUCAGAGACUGCCCAGGCUGUUGUGUAUGCGGGGGCAUACCGACAGAUACCACUUCUCAGAUACUGAGAUAAGUAGCCCUGAGCUGAAGCCACAUAGAGGGAAAGGAAAGGCGGCGGCUCCUGGACAGCCGCGAGGCAAGAAAGAGGAGAAUCAAGCCUGGCUUGCCAUGCUGGAGACGGCCACACAUUCUGUUCGUUACAUCAGUCGUCACAUCAGAAAGGAACACUUUAUCCGUGAGGUUGUGCAAGACUGGAAGUUUGUGGCUCAGGUGCUGGAUAGGAUUUUCCUGUGGGCCUUUCUCACUGUGUCAAUAUUAGGCACAGUCCUCAUCUUCACACCAGCUUUGCAGAUGUACUUCAGCUCACCUUAGCAAAUAUAUACUUGCAAAUACUGUAUUUUAGAAUUCCUGUUUUUCAGAGUUCAAAGUUGAAUAAAACUCAUAGUUUUUUCUUUUACCAAUAAUUUAAGUACAUGCACAAAAGUGUGCAAACAAAUAGCAAUAGGCAGGUACUCCUUGCAUGAAUGGUUUUACACAGCCAUUUAAAUACGGCACAAUCACUAAGCAUUCAUCAGUAAAUUGU